AUGAUUGUCUCGCCACCCCGACUCAAUCUGCGCAGAGCCGCAUCGUAUCAAGGCUCUCAAUCUCACGACAAAAUACCGCUUUCGGCAACAUCGUCAUGCUUCGAUUUCAACCAUCUCCUCUUUUCACCUCCUCCCUCUCCGGGCUUGCCCGCUCUGGUACCCCGGCCCAGAAAAUCCCCAACCUUGAAACCACGGCCAAGCCGGGUGGUUCGACUCGUUACUUAUGCUGCUGGCCUGUUGAUUUUCCUUUAUCUUGCAAGAAGCAUUGUGAGGAAGUCUGUCGACGUGCCUAUGAUUGAGUGGGCUUUGACCGCGGGGGAAGAGUAUGAGAUGGUGGGACAAUACGACCUACCAGAAUUUCCAACGCCGAUUGCCAUAACGGAUCGCCGUGGCAGAUCGAAGUGGACGAUUUCUAUUCCCCCAACGUAUGACUUCCCCUUGACGGUGAAGGAGUAUUCCGAGAUCUGCGCCAAAUGCCAAGAGGUAGCAGCACACGUCAGAGAACUCGACAGCCGCAGCUACCCCUCCCAGAAGGCCCAGUUCGAUUAUUACUACGAAGACCCCUACUUUCUGGAUGUGAAAGAGGCCGAGAAGCGUGGCCUGCUUCCAGGUAUCGAGAACAAGUCCUGGCAAGUGACGGCCAAGGCCCAGGACGGCCACGUUGUUGGAGAGAAUAAGGACGGGCUGGUGCAGCAAGGCAGCUGCAAGACUUCUCUAACCUUUGUACUUGAAUCACCCGAUGCUGGAAUUGGCCCAACCUUGAUGAUGCUGUGGAUGGCAUACGGUUUGGCCCAAAAGGAGAAGCGUGCCUUCUUCAUCGACGACUCACGUUGGGCGUAUGGGGAGUACACCGACAUCUUUCAGGCGCCUCCUGCACAGGGGUGCAGUCCUCCUCCUCGGCACGAGAUGCUGCCAUGUCCCCAUCAUGCUCGGCACUUGGUUGUAUCCGUGGCGACAGCACGCGAUACAUUCGGCAACAGCUUUACCUCUGAGUACGAGCAUCACAGGAAGAGCGACGUUGACAGGGAGCGACCGAUGUAUGACCUGGCCCGUGUCGGUCAUGAGGCUCUGUUCCAUCUCAACGACAACGAUCACACGUACGUCCAGGGUCGUAUUCAAGAAUUGAAGGCCAAAGUCAGGGUUCCCGCAGGAAACAACGACGGCACCAUAAUCGGGGUCCAUGUUCGACAUGGGGAUCUCCACCCCUAUGACUAUCAGUAUAGCAGUGCUUACCUCCCGAAUAACCUCUACGCGGACAAGUUGCGGGAGAUACUGGAAGAUUAUCAUAACACCAGUAACCCCGACGGAGGUGAAGAUGUUGUGGCGAAACAGCGUUCGUUGACAGUUCUCGCCUCUGACGACCCAGACGUGUACGAGUCGGAAGAAUUUGCCGGAUCACUUCGUGCCCAAGAGUUGAUCAAGCUUGCGAGUGUGGCGGCAAUAAAGCAAGUGAACCCGGACAAACAUGUCAUGCAUAAGUUCGUCGACGAAACAUUUGGCUGGGAGGGUGGUUUUUUCGCCAGCAUGUUCUGGAAUCUUGGCCGGUCAACUCUCAACACUGCCAACGCCGCAGACAUGCCAGCUACAGCACUGGGCCCGCCAGCUGAGACAAUCCGCCUUCGCAAUCUUAUUGGGCGCGCGUACAUGAUGGACUUGGCAGUGCUCGGCCAGGGAAGCGACGUGGUGAUCUGCACUGUCAGCGCAAUGGGUUGUCGUCUGAUGGCGGUGAUCAUGGGCUGGGAGAAGGCUAUUGAAUCCGAAAAAUGGGUCAACAUUGAUGGGAACUAUCACUGGACCGGCAUAUCUCUUUGA